GCUAAUAAUAAUAACCUUUGAUUUGACAGUUUUGACAGCUGUUUUCUUUUGUUUGAAAUUCAAGCAACGGUGCAAUUUGAAUCGCUAACCUUUUCUUGUAAAUAAAAUACUAAAAUACUUGUAGAAAUAAUGGAAAUAGAUGCAGCUAGCAUAUCGAACUAUAAUAGGGACUCUGAGGCAAACUUUGGCAUUCUAAGCCCUGUGAUACCUAAGCUACGCAGGUUUGGCGGUGUUUAUUCACCUGAACAUCUAAAUUUAACUCCAAGGCCAAGAGCCACAGCUGAUUUUAAAGAGCACUGGAAUGAGAAUCAAAACUUGCAUACACCUAAAAAAUUACCUGAAGUUGACUUCAAAUGCAGGACAGCUAAACCAAAAACGCACCAUGGUUAUCAUAACUAUUCCUUUGAAGGCAACCAAAGCUAUCCCCGUCUGAACAGAAGGCUCCGGCCCAUUAGGAUGGAGCUGGAGACGCCCACAAAGGUCAAACCAACUGUUGACCUUGUAAGAGUUGAUGGCCCCAACGGUCUGCGUUUCAACACCUCCCUCACAGCUGGAGACAUCACAGGCUCGCCAGCGCAGUCGCAAACGGACCGCCUGCAGCAAGCCAUCAAUCCGAGCAAAGCUGUGUUCACUAUAGAAACUAAUACGUCUAAAAUACUAAUAGUGAACAACAAGGCGUGUUCUCUUCUCGGCUAUUCAGCGGGGGAGCUUUGCGGGCUGAAGUUCUCUGAUCUACUGAGAAAUCGGAACUGCAAGUUUUCUUUACAUGAGCCCGAAGAGGGGGAUGCCUCUGAGGAUGGAACCGUUGUGCUGCUGAGUGGCAAAGUGGUAGAACUGUUAUCGAAAGACGGCCGUGCAGUGCAGGUGUCUCUGUGGAUUCGACAGUUGGACAGCGACGGGCCUUGUUUGGUAGUCGCCGAGCCGGUCAGCUGUAAAACCGUUGUGUUAACAGUGGACGCGGAGGACGGCAUGAUCCUCUCGUGCUGCGGCGACGACGCGGCGCUGCUGUUCCAAGCGGAGUCCAGCGACAAGCUGCUGGGGCUCCCGCUGGCCUCGCUGAUUCCCUCCGUGCAGCUGCCGCCGUGGGACGCGCCCAUCCCGCGCAAUGUCUCCAAGCAGAGGGCCACAGGAAGAACUCUCGACGGCGGUUCGUUCCCCUUGUGUCUUUGGAUAACUAGACCGGACACUACAGAAAACACACUUUGGUCUGGUUUGAAAUCACACAAAGAAAGACCUAUAUAUGAAGUUAAUGUUAGGGUGACGUACAACGUGUCCGGGCUGCUGGUCGUGGACGAGUGCGGCGUCAUCACGGCGUGCAACCAGCACUUCGCCACGCUGACGUUCGGCAAGCCGCACUCGGCGGUGGUGGGGCGGCCCAUCGACGAGCUGCUGCCCGGCUUCUGCCGCGCCGCCGACCUGCUGCGGCCGCUGCCCGCCCGGGGCACGGCCGCCCUCGACCAGGACACGAACGAAUCAGACACAGAUGAUGACUCGUGCGGAGCGUUCAACGGCAGCCAGAAGUCCGCCUGCAUGUCCAACGUGCAGCAAUCCCUACUGUCAACCACAACUAGGGAGAAAUCCUCCAGCGCGCUCUGUCUUGACAAGUCUUGCAGCCUGGUCACACACACGCCUACGCCCACACAGGACAUGGUCUCCAGCAUCAGCACAACUGCAACGGAACAGCGCAACGACACAUCCGCCCUCCCCGACGUCACUUCCGGCAUGUCCGGCAUCUCCAUCGACGACGACUUCACACCCAGCAUCUCCAAAUCGCGCUCCGAAAACAUCCUGCGAUCCGAACAGAACAACCCCAUCGCCAAACAACUAGCCAAAGCUAAUGAAAAGUCAGAUUCCAUAUACUAUACAUCUCAGCAUUCGCAAGAGGUCACCCCUACAGGAAAUACCCCUAGAGUCCGAAUGAAUGACCCAUCUUUACGUCUAUCCUUCGACUCGAGCAAAUACAGAUCCGUGAAAGUCAACCUUCCCGGUCAAGAUAAAGACAGAAGUAGUUUAUCUCUAGACUUUUGCGACUCGAAUGAGACGAGCGCGGAUUUCUUGACGCCUAUAAAUGAGAUGCCGCCGCCUGGCUGCGAGAUCGAGGAUUUGCCGAAGCAUAAUGGGAAUGAGAGCAUUGAGAGUUUGAGUAACGAUAACGAUUUGGAGACGCAGACGGAGUCGGCUCCGAGGAAGAGAUAUGACUUGGAUGGCCCCGAUACUCCGUGCAUCGCCAAACGUCUCCUCCGAGCCCACGUGACGUCGACUCCACAGCGGACCAAGUCCGAGGGCGACGACACACAGGACGGCACCUACCGCGGCAUCGUGCUACACCGCGACGGCACGCAGCUCAACGUCCUGUACACGGUGUCCACGAUGCAACUAGCGGCCGGCAACAGAGUCCGCUGCGUGUGGCUCGGAGUGCAGCUAGAAGACACGGCGCGACACACCACUCUUGCCUCCAGCGUUGCUUCCACGGCUGAUAGUUCGCUAGUACUUGGAAACAAGUCAGUGAGCAGCAGGCCGCACUCGAUGUCCCUCGUGAGCCAGUGCGGCGAAGAGCAGAUCUCCGGCGAGUACAACAAGCAUUAUGUCACGUUGAAACAGAUAGGUAAAGGCGCGUACGGCUGCGUUAAAAUGGCGUACCGUCGCUCGGACCGCCUGCUGGCGGUGGCCAAGUUCAUACUGAAGGAGAAGGUCGGCGCGCACUUCUGGGUGGACGGGCCCGAUGGCAGGCGGGUGCCGCUGGAGCUUAGCCUGCUUAUGACUUUGAAGCAUCCCAAUAUCGUUAGCAUUUUAGACGUCUACGAGAACGAAAAAUACUUUCAAAUGGUGAUGGAGAAACACGGUGCUGGAAUGGACUUGUUCGAGUUCAUCGAGCGACGACCUGCCCUCGACGAGCCACUUCUCAGCUACAUCUUUAGACAGAUAGGCCAAGCCGUAGAGUACCUCCACUCCCUAAACAUCCUCCACCGAGACAUCAAGGACGAGAACGUGAUCAUAGACAACAAGUUCCACGUGAAGCUCAUUGACUUCGGGUCGGCCACCUUCAUGAGCAAGGACACGCUGUUCUCCACGUUUUAUGGGACCACGGAAUACUGCAGCCCUGAAGUACUGGCUGGCAACAAAUACGCAGGCCCCGAGCUAGAGAUGUGGUCAAUGGGUAUAACCCUCUACGUGCUCACAUACUUCGUGAACCCGUUCUCGGACAUAGAAGACACGAUACAAGGACCGCUGGUUCUGCCGUCGCCUGUAUCUGAAGAUCUAGAACAGUUGCUACGGUGGAUGCUGUGCAAAGAGCCCUCCCAAAGAUGUACGGUCAGCCAACUGAUGGCGCACCCGUGGAUCCGGCAACCGGUGGCCAUCGCCAACUACGUGUUCCACGAGAUCGUCGACUGCGAUCGGCACGAAGCCAAUCCCGAAACAUACUACAGCGGCAGCCUGGGCUCGCCCAGAAGCGGCUCCCCUGUCUCCAUGGCUGAUCCUCUUGCCAAAGAACGCUCAAACCCGUCCGAGGUGGCGCUCCGCUCCGAGGGCAAGCACGUGUCGCGCGACGAACCCAAGCGGAGCUCGCUGGCGCUCCACGCUCUGUCCACCGCCGACAGAGACGCGCAGUCCGACAACUACAGCCUGCGAUCAUCUGCUGAUAUCCUAGACAUCUCUUCGAAACCCGUGUCGGAAGCGGCUCUCACCGACAUCAGUUCGGACGCCACCGGGCACGCGGCUUGCGACAUCGACUACGACCCCGACCAGUGCGAGUGCGACAGCUGGGACGAGUGCGAGCAGGACAGCUUCUCGUAACUCGCCAGGCGAGAGCGGGAAAAACAAAUCUAGUAAAACCUUUAAAAACGGUGUCCAAACACGAACCGUGCGAUAUAAAAAUAACGCUUAAUACGCCGGUAUAGUCCAAUUGUCGUAUCUUUAUGGUAAUAAAUAAUUUUAUGAAUUAUUAGGUAACGACUCUAAAAUUUAAAUCAAUUUGUAAUUGGAAUACGGUUGGAUAUGUCUUGAUUAGACAAAAUUCCACACAAAACAAAAUUUAACUCUAUUUCCUACACCAUAGGUUCAAAUUUCACUGGCACAUUUUGGAUUUUUCAUUCGUACGGCCUUAGGAGGACAGGCUUUACAAAUUGUCAGUUAACAAGUUGGUAAUGUGAAAGGAGCCCAGAUCUAGUGAAUAAUCCUUUGCCAUCGAAUUUCCACGGAAACGCACGAACGUAUUUUGCUAUUUCAGUCAGUCUCAGUACCAAAAGUACUGAGGUUGAUUGAAGUAGCAUGACAAAUACGAAAGUUUCCGAGAAAAUACGAUGGUAAAGGAUUGUGUGUAUAGAUAGGCUUUAAGGGUGCUUAUUGAGUUCAUUUGAGGCUAUAUUUAAAAAAAAAAAAAAAACAAUUACGGGGAGGUUGGAGAAUGUGUUCUGAGAUGAGAUAAUUACACGCGGAAUUCUUAUUAUGUAUAUAAUUUUAAUUCUUAUCGAAACUAAGAUUUAAAAUAUAAUUAUUAAUUCUAAUAGUAAUACUAAUCGAAAUUGAGUGUUAUUUUAAUAAUUUUUAAAUUAUGGCCUGGUUUGACAUUUGUAUUAAAAAUUCUAUUUUCAAACCUUAAUUAUAUAUGGGUUUCUGUCUGAAAGGACUUUUUUAAUCAAAAAUUAAGUUACGUAAAUUUUCACCAGUCAGGGUAAUAAUGUGUUAUUAUCAGUGACCGGCACGGACGGUGCCAUUCCGAGGAAAAAUCUUAAUAUGUACAUGAAUGUACAUGACUCAAAUGCCGCGAUCUUGUUCGAAAGCGCAACUCUAUUCGAGUGUUAUUUUAAAUAAGAUUUUUAAAAGUCUUUAAAUAAGAUUUCUACUCGGAAUCCCGCGGCGUGGCACCGUCCGUGCUGAUCACUGGUUAUUAUUAAUAGAGCUUUUAUUAUAAUAGAUAACUUUAGGCUUCAAAGUCACCAAAAUGUCUAGAUUGUGGUUCUAACAGCGAUAAACUUUGAAAAAAAUUGUCGAACUAAGUAAUGUCUCGCUUCCCUUAAAAAAAAGGAAGAAAUGAACCUUCGGUCUUAUUUUGGGCCUUAGGAGCUACGAAAAAAUACUCAAAUUCUUAUAGGACAAUUACUUUGGAGCUUAGACUACUAGGGUCGCAUUUCAUAAAACUGCUUUACGUAUUUACUCUUUCUUUAAAAUUUAGUUGUUAGAAAAAGAGGCUAAAUCGUAUUAUAACGCGCCCUUUUGGUGUUCAUCAAGUGUAAAAGAAACUAAAUCGUUUGGUGACAACCACAACUCGCUAAUUACUACCAGAAGUUCAGAGCCAUUCUAGACUAAUAUUAAAAAGAAGUUUUUUUUUUGCAAUAGGGAAUAUUACGCAAAACUGCGUAGGGGGCACCACUACCACAAUUUGAGGGUCUACCGUGAAACGAGAAAAUCGUUUUUUUUUUCAUCUAACCUCUUUGUCACUCUUGCAUAUUCGAGCGAUGAAGAGGCCGAUAACUAAUUUUCGAUUUUCGCGUUUCCCGGUAGGGUCUUUGUAAAUAAACCGCCUUGAUGCAUCAAUGUCAUAUUUUAUUAUCUGUAAAAACAUGUCAAAAAACAGUUUAAGGCACAGUAUGUAUAAGUUACUCUAUGGUUUAUGAGAGGUGCUAGUGCUGCACUCCGGCGGCAGAACAUUGCAGUAAUAAUCCCUAUUAGUGAGUUUUGGUUUUCACCUGAAGAAGUGUUGGCGCUCUAAUAUUGACCAGAGUACUUUGACUUAAUUAACUCGGCAUUCCUAACCCCCUUAUUCAUAAACGUGUACUAAAGUUACGAUGCCGCUAAUAAUCGUUUUUCCCUUUCCGACGUAUUGGUAUGAUGGAAAGGGACAAACGAUUAUUAGCGGCAUCGUAACUUUAGUACACGUUUAUGAAUAAGGGGGUUAGUGUUUAUUUCUUAGAAUAAAUAAUAGAUUCGGCUAAUUAUUCCAAGGCAUAGAGCUUUAUAAAAACAGACCAAUGUUCUAAAAAUCUCCUAGUAGUGUUAGAUGUCUUCUAGUAUAAGUUAGUUUUGUAAUUUUUUAAUUAGUACUUUUACAUUUAAGAUCAGAUUGCCAACAACCUCUAGUACAACAAGGAAUUAAAACAGUAUUAAACCAUUCACUUUUGAAUUUGUCUGGCACAUAAAUAUCGAUCUCACAUAUAUAAGGUGCUUGGAACUCUUGCUCUGUAUGUAGGCACUUGGAAUUAUAAAAUAACUUUAGAAGUCAGCUUCUUUAGUAUCGUAUGAGGCGUACAUUAAAAUAAGAUAUUGUCGCAACCUAUAAAAUAGCUAUUAGUUUAGACGAACGAAUAUACUAAGAUAUGUAAAUUAGUGCAUUGUGGCCGCAAAUUUGGACCCGUUCACGCACACGUCACGCAAGGGGUGUGCCGUUUCUCAUAAGUGUCCGUAUAUUACAACGUGCACGCCUACGAAUACACAUCCGAUGUGCACAGGCCUUAAGAGGGAGACCUCAUAACUUAGGAGAGAUCGUAAUGUAUUCUGAAGCAACAUAAUAUUUUCCACAACUUUACGCGUCUUAGUAUAAUAUAUUCCUAUGGUAAGAGAAAAGAGGUUUAAAAGAAAGACCACAAUUAACUUUUAUCAUUGAAAGAGGCUGUGAAAAUUCAAACGAUAACAAAGAAGCUGAUAUUUCAUCUCUCUUCCACUUUACUUGUUACUGGUAAACUUGUGAUAUCUAUUCAAAGCUUUAGGAAAUCAAAUAUUCUCAAUAAAUUAUAAAACUGUGUUAAGGAAAUCUUUUACCUCUGCCUAUGAAAUGCAAGACAAUAAGAGUUUAAAAUUUUCGCAUUAACUUUGUAUUCGCUCGAAAUAAUAAAAUGUGUCUAACAAAAUAAUCAAAAUGGGACAGUUGUGUAAUGAUUAUUUUCAACACACUUUCUCGUAACGUGGAACUUAUUGAACCACUUUUAGGCUCAUAAUCCUAGAUAUUAAACCCGCGUGCUUUUUUCAUUACAAUUAUUGAACUUGUGCGGUAAUGUAUGAUAUUCUGAUUGACACUUUUUUUUAUUGUACUUUUACUGUCUUAACAAAUAUGAUUAUUAUAUAAGUUUUGUUAUUUCCUCGUACGUCGUAUGGAACACGUGUGCAUCAUUACACACAUCGGCUUUCUUACACUGACAUUCGUCGUUAAGUCACUUAUGUCAAACACUGUGAAUAUAACCUUCAUGCUUUCAAAUAAGGUUCAUAUUGGCUCACUUGCGCCCAUGUUCUUGACGUGUGAGUGAUGUUUUUGUAUAUGAGAGGGUUAAUGAUUUCAGUAACACAGUCAAUAACACCACCGUCACUAUUCUGACUCUUAUGAUUAAAAUAAAUAAAUAUAAUAUCAGUAUUAUGACAAUAUUUAAGGUUUUCUUUAUUGCGAAUAUUAUAAAUUAUGACUACUUAUUAUACUUAAAGAACCAAAUUACUUUAUUUGUCAUUGUAAAUAUCAUGUAAUCUGAGAAUCAUGUAAUUUGAGUUGAGAAUAUUAGAUGAUUUUAUUGUUACACUUAAAAUACAGGCGAGUGCACUGUCCUUUUUAUUACAAGCAUAAUAAAUAUUACCUACUUUGUUCGUAAGUUCAUAAAAUAAUGGGUCUCAUAAUGAGUAGAAAUUACUCGGUUUGAUUAUUUUAGGUGUAACUAAAAUCUCGUUAUCGAUAUAGAACAUAGGAUUAUAUUUUUGUAGAUUUCUCUCUUAGAUGACUGUGUUAUUUGUAUAUAUGUGUAAUAGUAGUCGGUUGUGAAUUUUAUUUUGGUCGAUUCAUUUCAUAUUAAGUUGUAAAAAAUCAUGGAUGAAUACUGAAAAUUUCAAUUUUUAACUAAGUAUUUGUUAUUGCAAAAAAAAAAAUAACUUAAUAGGUGUCUAAUUUGUCUACUGUACAAUGUUUGAAAGCUUUCGAUAAUUUUAAAAUAUUUAGUCAUUUCCUUCUCCGUUCACAUUGUAACUGUUUUAUACAAAUUCACUGAGUUUAGGGUUAUUAUUUUCGUUUACUGUCCACGACACCACCAAACGAACCUUUCUUUGUUAAAAAAUGUUGUCUUAUUGCUAAAAACUUGCGUUACUGGAAAGCAGGCAGAGAAUUUCAGUAAAGUCCUAUCAUAUCAUCCCGUAAUAAAGGUGGCUAUUGUUUUUUGCUCCUGCUGUUCCUAAGUAAAUGGUUAGUUAGACUAAGCUCGGCAACACCUAUCUUAGCUAAAAGAAUAUUAAAAUCUUGUGAAUAGCUAUUACAUGGUAACAUGUAAGGUAAUGUUUGGUGGUAUCGUUAGUAAUGCACGUUUAUUUGAAUACAGCGUCCGUUUUCGACUAGUGCCUUACGACGGACAAGUUGCGUUGCUCGUGUGACCAGUCAUCGUAAGUUACGAAUAAAAAUCUCAAUUCUG